UUUAGUAUUUUAAGGUUGUAAACUUAUCACUGAUUCACUGGAGGACAACGGAAAAUCAAAUAGCUAGGCCAUUUUAUUGCUAUCUGGAAAACCCUAAUUUAUUUAAAGACUUUAAGAGCAAUGUUUGAUUUACGCAAUGUUCCCUUAGAUCUAAAACAUGAAAGAGAAAAAAAAAUGGCAAUGUAAAAUUCUCAUGUCCGCUGUAGAUUUAGUAUUUUGACUGCUUUUCCCGAAUUAAAAUUGGCUUUACUGAAACAUUACUAAUAUGCGUUUUAGCAUUAUUUAAAUGGAUGCCUUUAUUUUUAAAUGACCCACUUCUAAUUUGAUGAUAAAUAUUUGAGGCGGCUAAUUAUUCUUUAUUUUAAAUUUAGUUAAAAUAAUAUUAAUAAUUGAUUGUGGUACAACUUACAAGUUACAACUAGGACUCUGGUAUUACUACUACUAGUACUAGGAGGGUUAACGAGUUGAAGUUGUGCUUUUACUACAAGGUUUCAUCAGGAAAUUGACAGUUAUGAUAACAUUAUCAAAAUUAAAGAAGGAAGCUGAAGAGAGAAAAGGAAAAAAUUCACAUACUGAUGGACUUGUAUCUGGACGUAGGGUUUCUGUUCGUGACAGAUUACUAGUUAAAGAAAUACAAGAUAUGGAGUUUACCAUGCCUUCCACUUGUAAAGUUAUCUUCGAAAACCCUAAUGAAUUACACAAGUUUGAUUUGAGUGUAAUCCCAGAGGAAGGUUAUUGGCAGGAUGGAAAGUUUCAUUUUGUAGUAGAUAUACCAGAAGAUUACAAUAUGGUGCCUCCCAAAGUUAAAUGUCUCACCAGAUUAUGGCAUCCCAAUAUUAGUGAAGGAGGAGAAAUCUGUCUUAGUCUCUUACGUCAGAAUUCCAUUGAUGGAAUGGGUUGGGCUCCAACCCGAACAUUGAAUGAUGUUAUAUGGGGCUUAAACUCUCUUUUCACAGAUUUGCUCAACUUUGAAGAUCCUUUAAACAAUGAUGCAGCUGAACACUACCAAAAAGAUAAAGAUGGAUUUAAACUUAAAGUGAAAGAAUAUAUUCAACAACAUGCCAAGAGAUGAAAAGAUCAGUUGAAGAUUUAAGUGUUUUUCAAAUUUCUUUGUGUGCACUUCAUAUUUGAACUUGGCUGGCUUGAAAAUAAUGUACGUGUAUUCUCACUUCUGAAAAGGCAGUGAAAUGGUUCUAAUGCUGGUAUAUCUUAAAUCCAAAAAUCAAGAAAGGAAGAUAUGGUUGUUGUCAGCCAUCCGUAAGUGAACUGUAUUCAAACUGACUGUCAGUUGUCUCAAUGUGAACACAGUUCAGGUAUCUCAACUGUUCUGACAUUCAUGUACAGUGCAAAGGAAAAUAAGAUCUAAAAUAUCUUUA